ACAGACACAAGUUUACCAAGUACAGUCCAUACACGAUGUUACCACCACCACCACAGACCACAUUCAGACUAUGUUGGAGCUCCUACUUUCGCACACAUCCAUGACAGAUGGCAUUUGUCAUCAAGCUUAUCCAUCUCCAAUUUCCAAUUUUUCCAUUGUCACAUAGUUUCGCCAGGCCGACAGUAUUCUACAACUCAGGGAGACAGUCCGAAACUUUCAAGUAUUUCACUUCAGCCUCAUGAACUAGUUUAUGAAGAAAUGAGUACACUUUCUUCAGACAUACGUAAGGAACUUUCCACCGAAGAGCCCCAGUUGAGAACCAUGUCUCAUUACUACUUUGAUGGUAAAGGCAAAACAUUUCGUCCUCUGGUGGCUUUACUCAUGUCCAAGACUUGCAAUAUUCAUAAUAGCUUUGGAGAUAGUGUUUCAGAAUCCCAGAGGAUCAUUGCCAUCGUAACGGAGAUGAUACACACGGCCAGCCUGGUGCAUGAUGAUGUUAUCGAUGCCGCAGACACUAGAAGAGGCCAGUCUAGUCUCAAUAAACUCCAUGGUCAACGGCUGCCCAUCCUGGUUGGUGAUUUCAUUUUGUCCCGGGCCUCCAUUGCGCUGGCUCGAACCCGAAACACACAAGUCAUCACUCUGCUCUCUGCUGUUAUUGAGGAUUUGGUUAGUGGAGAGUUUAUGCAACUUGGUUCAAAGGAGAAUGAGAAUGAACGUUUUUCUCAUUACCUGAAAAAAACAUACAUGAAAACAGCCAGUCUUAUUGCAAACACUUGCAAAUCUGUGGCUUUACUGGCUCCGUGCGAAGAGGAGAUGGUAGAGAGGGCUUACCAGUAUGGGAGGAAUUUAGGCAUUGCUUUCCAGUUGAUCGAUGACCUGCUGGACUUUGUGUCCUGUGAAUCUGUGAUGGGGAAGCCGACGGCCGCAGACCUGAAGCUUGGUCUGGCUACUGCUCCAGUCUUGUUUGCAGCUCAAGAGUACCCAGAACUUCAUCCAAUGAUAAUGAGGAGAUUUUCAGGCUCAGGUGAUGUGGAGCGAGCUCGUGCUUUAGUGGCAAAGAGUGAUGGAGUAGAACAGACCAGACUUCUGGCUACACAACAUAGCAAGGAAGCCAUCAAAAACAUGCAGCACUUUGCCACCUCGGACACACAGCAGGCGCUCAUACGACUGGCCACAAUUUUGUUAGAGAGAAAACACUAG